AUGAUCUUGGUUACUCUUACCAAGGAAGGAGCACUCAGCUUGGGCGACUUCAACAUGACUCGUGUACUUGCUGUCACAACGUCUAUGCUCUUGGGUGUGGCCAUUUCCACCCUCGUCAGCAUCUUCGUCUGGCCCGAAAGCGCCCAUGAGAAACUUCGCCAGGAUAUGGGCAAGUCGUUGAUAUCGUUUAGGCUCCUGCUCAAGCUCCUGACGAAGACGUUCUUGCUCGAGUCGGACACUACGCCAUUUGGAUCUGAAUCUGUCCAAAAGCUGAUCGAGGCUCAGGUCAAGUCAUUCUCUGCCCUGGCUAAGUCUCUGGAGGAGGCACAGUUGGAGUUUCCUGGAUCAGACAUCAAAAAGUACGAGGCCUGUGUCAAGUCCCUCAAUACCCUCGCUCAGUAUCUCAACGGUCUUCGCAGCUCGUGCGGUCUACAGUACGACAUGCUCAAGAGGGAUGAGCAUCUCAAAGGUCCCUCUUCCAACACCCAGUCAUCGACGACUGCGGUCGGAGCAGGAUCUAAUGGAGCAGGAGCCGGAACAGGAGCAGAGACUACAUCUGGAGGAAGGAGAGCCCUGGGGUUCGGUAAGAGAAUGUCAUCUUUCAGCCCGAUCGGGGGUAUGAACCACGACCAGGAGCAGAGCGCGAGUGCGGAUCUGAUCGAGUUCUUGGAACAUGUCGGCAAACCCAUGAAGUCACUGGCGUUGACCUGCAAGCUGACGAUUGAGCAUCUCCAGGAUAUUUUUACGAGCACCGAUGGCGACAAGAAGGCAGUCAUUGGUCUGUCCAACUCCCGGAGUAGGGCUUCGCAGUCGCAUACUGUCCGACAAAGCGACUACGAGAGCGGCGAGACCAUUUCCGACUCAACCUUUGACAUCGGCACCUCCAACACCCACCCCAGUGUCUCGACCGAGACUUUCAGGAAGAAUCCCAGUCUGGUGCUCAUGCAGAUCAACCUGGCCAAGGCACUUAACAUCUUUGAGAAGGCGAACUCCAAGGCGUUGAAGCGGUUCUACUCCCACCAGAACAAGCGCCGAUCUGGACACUACAAACGGCCCUUUGGCAUGAGCAAGCCCAUGAGCGAACCAGCUCUUCAAGAUUUAGGCAUUGGCUCCUUUCCUGGAUCUGUGCAAGAUAUGCAUAACCAGCAGGAUGCAUUGGCUGAGAAGGCGCCAGUUGGGGAACAGAUCUUCCUAGUUUACUUUUUUGUCUUCAACUUGAUGGAGUUCUCCAAGGAGCUGUCCUAUCUCGUGAGUUGUGUCGAGGAGUUGGUGGACGGCGACGGCGGGUUGCCCAUGUGGAUCGAGAGGAAUCGACAGUCCUUGUGGAGAAGGAUUUGGUUCUCGCUCACUGGUUUCCCAAGGCGUCUGAGGCGACCCGAUAUGCGCCAGUAUGCCUUUGACGACUUUGAUGACCCAGAGCCAGGACAUCGUCCACCUGCGAGCCAUUACAGCCAUGCGCACAGCACCAGCCAAAGCCACACCCCAACCCACAGCAACAACGCCAGCAGCAGCCAGGGCACGCACGGCCACCAACGGAAACAGCGACUGUUCCCUAAACCCAACUUGCACAACAAAGCCGACACCCUGCACACUCCUCGACCGUCAACAUUCCUUCAGAAAUGGUCUACACGCCUAUGGAAGUUCCUGCACGUUUUCAGGUCCUUCCAGAUCAAGUAUGCGGCCAAGGCGGCGUUCAGUGCCAUGGUCCUACUUAUCCCGGCAUUUGUUGACUGGACGCGUCCCUACUUUGUCCAGUAUCGAGGCGAGUGGACACUGAUCUCAAUGCUGAUUGUCAUGGUCCCGACUGUCGGAGGCACCAAUAUUGUGGGUAUCUACCGGAUCAUGGGCACCCUUGUUGGGUGUUAUGCCGGAGUCAUGAUGUACCUGCUCUUCCCCGCCAACGAUAUCUUGUUGCCAGCCUGCUGCUUCCUCUUUGCGGUGCCCAAUUUUUACCUGGUCCUUUGUUCAGCAUACCCAAGGAUCGGUCAAGUCACCUUGCUCGCCUUCAACUUGGUGUUGAUCCAGACGUACAACCGACGACACGGAGACGGGACCGUGCCACCAGACGACGAUGAGGAUGAUGACGACAAGAUGAGGCGACCGAUGACUCCCUCCAAGGUUCUUCGGGGGUUGGGGUCUCUAAUGGGCGAUGCUAACCCGAACGACCCCAACCAUGUCGACUAUGUGUGGACCAUUGCCCUCCAUCGUGCCGUGGCAGUCAGUUUGGGCGUUGUUAUCGGUGUAGGAGUGACGAGCUAUAUAUGGCCUUACGAAGCCCGUGUGGAGCUUCGUAAGGGUCUGUCCGAUCUGCUGCUCAACAUCAGCUGGCUCUACAACCGAAUCGUCUCUGUAUACUCCACAAACCUAGACAAGGUCAAUGUGAUUCCACCCCAGAAACCCUACCGGGGUCCCCGCCAGCGCGUCCAGGAGAUCCUGCGGAGGUCGACUUUUCAGGAACGGUUUCAAGCCCCGGAUGAACAUGAGGAGCUGCCGGAGGAUCCAACAGAGUCAGAUAUGGACAGGAUGAACAAGGAGUUUAUGGCGAUCGAGCUCUCACUGCAACUACAACUACUCCGACUCUACGCCCUGCUGGAAGAGACGCCGAACGAGCCUCGCCUGAAGGGCAAGUUCCCUGUGCGCACGUACAAGAAUAUGUUGGGCAGCUGUCAGAACAUUCUGGACCGGUUUCUCUCGAUGCGGCUGGUCAUCACCAAGGACGAGUGGAUCGAGAGUGCACGCAGGGAUUUCAUUAUCCCAGUCAACAAGGAGCGCAGAGAGAUGGUUGGAAACGUCCUCCUGUACUUUUACACCAUUGCCUCAGCUCUGCGGCUCAAGACCCCUCUGCCACCUUACCUCCCGCCAGCCAACAAUGCUCGGCUGAGGUUGAUCCAAAAGAUCCGCCAACUGCCUGUGGUCCAGAACAAGGUCGUCAUGGCAGAUGAUAGUGACGAUCGAUAUGUAUUCUACUAUGCGUAUGCGUUGGUCAUGGACGAUGUCAUUCGGGAACUGGAGCGAUUGGGUAGGUGGUCGCAGGAUCUAUUUGGUGUUAUUACACCCGCUGAUGAGUUUGAGGCUUGGUUCACGGAUGAUGGUACGCCUCCUGCGCAGCCUUGGCAAGCUGCAAAGCUACCUUCUUCAGCCACGCGCGAGGCGCCCAUGUCGCCUCUUCACGACAUUGACCAACCCUUCCCUUACCCAGACCGACAACAAGCCAUAUCUCCAUCAGCAGUUGGCGUACAGGACCAACAGCAACGGUCCAUCAUCCAACGACCUCUCUCUAGUCCUGGAAAAUACCGAUACCGCCCCGACGAGGCCAGCAUCCUCAUGGACCCUGAGAGCCAAACACCCUCACAAGACCUCCAGGACCGCGAUGAGCUCUUUGAUUUCGACCCCCAGGACCCCUUCCGCGACAUCUCCAACAGUCCCUCCGGCGGAGGACAACCACACGACGGAUCGCCCUUCCAGCGAAACGAGCGGCGGUUCAAUAGUUCACAGUCCUUGAACGAUGCCUCGUCUAUCACUCCUGGAGCACAACAACAGCAACAACCGUACCACGACAAGGGUAUCAAAUCCCGUCGUCAAGGAAGUCAUGCUAGCCGUAGCAGUCAAGGAUCUCGACCUCCUCCGCAACGCAGUUAUGGAUCCACGACCAAUUUGCCUCGGAAUGCUGUCGGUGCUCAACCACAACAGCGACCGGCCAGCUUUACGAGCGGUAGUGGGAGCGGGAAUGGUACUCUGAAGAGCGCGAUGAAAAAGUCCAGCUCUGGAUCUUUUAGUUCCUAUAACCGCGCUGCUACUGCAAAUGCUACCACUACUUCUACUGCUACUACUACUACUGCUACUAGAGACCAAGAACCAGCUGUGCACCAACAAUAA